AUGGAUGCAAUGGGCUUCACGCAGAUCUUUGUCUCUCACCUGGUGCUUCGUCGAAUAGGUGCUGUCCUUUCCACCUUGCCCAUUAAGCCGGUGGACGUCCACACAGGCCCUCCUGCAGCCGAACGAGGAAUUCACGGGGACCUCGAAGCAAAGCGCUGCAAGUGCCGCACCGGUCAGCUCAUCGCGAGUCAGUUUCGAUGUGCAAAGCGACGGGUAUGCAACCACUCCAAGCAGCCCCAGCGGGCCUCCGCGGACGAAGGUGUGGAGCAACGCGCCGACAAAAGGGCCCGACUCUGCCUAUUCCAGCCCAGCAUGCUGGCAGCUGAGAAGCUUGAACACCGGGCCGGACGGUCUUUCAGACCUCUCAAGGGCACAGGCCCCACACGCGUCAAAGUGCAGCAGGAGGUGCAGUCGCGCUUGGGCCAAGGCCUGGGCAGCCAAGUGAUCGACGAGGAGUUUGGAAUUGCGGUGAGCACGGCUUCAGCCAUCCGUGUCCUUCGGGGUGUCGAAGCAGAAGUCUCAGCCUUGCAGUCGCUUGCCCUCCUGUGCCAAGUUGAUGCUGAAUAG